AUGGAUUCGCUCACAAAGCUUAAGAAGAAAGGUAUAGACAAUUACGGGAAGGUGAAGCAGUCCGGUAAGGACUUUGCCAACAGGUGCCACUACUCCAAGCUUGUUUCUGCCCGUUUUAACGAGAAUGGGAUCGUCGCUGAACAGAAGGCUGCGGAAAGGCAGCCGUUGGAAAGACCCGUGACCCACCACCCGGUGACUGUGAACGCUACAGUUCACAGGAACAAAGUCUGGGUUAACGGGGGGCUGGAGGGCGAGUCGCAGGACUCGCUGAACUCGGAGGCCACCACGCUGGUCAACGCGAAGGCAAUGGACGGGCUGGAACGUUGCUCGUCCAGAAAGUUCAUCUACGAGGACAACAGCAAGAGUAAUUCGUACUCGACCGCGACUGUGGCCGAGAGACAGUUCUCUUCGCAGGCGUCGUCGCCCUCACCUUCCCCAGUGCUGAAAUCAGACGGGUUUGAGUCGUCGUCGUCGUCACCCACCUCAGAAGUGUUUGAGAAAGCUGUGUCCCUGGAGGACAGGGUGAAGUUUCUAUUGGAUCAGUGUAAAGGUAUCCCAAAACACAUGCUGAAACCAUCUGAGGAGGUGGAGGCACUGAUCACCGCGUACAACCACGACGUCGCGUUCCAAGAGGGUCGCGAAAAAUUGUUACAUUACUACGAACUGCCCUUCCCCUGGAGAGAAAACAGGUACAUUAUCCACAACUACAGGUUUUACGACUCCAACGUAAAGUCCCUGCUGUCCGCGAUCAACUGGUACGGGUGGCACAACGAGACUUCGAACAUUUGGUCACAUUUUCUUGGGUUUUUCUACGUCGUUUAUUUGGCAGUGUACGAGUUCCCUCAGUCAGUGGUGUUUCAAUCGGAUAGGAUCCCCUCGAGUGCUAAAUUCGUCGUCUACAUUUUCUUGUUCGCGGCCAUGAAGUGUCUGAUAGCAUCCGCUUUCUGGCACACUUUCAACGGAACCGCGUUUUUGAAAAUGCGCCGCAGAUUCGCCUGUGUCGACUACAGCGGGAUAUCCAUCCUGAUCACCGCAUCCAUCCUGACCGCAGAGUUCGUCACACUCAACGAUCACCGUCCAAUGAUGAUACUGUACAUGACGAUCUCAUUGACGCUCGGUAUCAUCGGGGUGUUUUUGAACUGCUCCCCACAGUUCGAUACACCGGAGGCAAGACCCCUACGGAUCAGGUUCUUCAUGUUGCUCGCUGCAAUGGGGGUCCUUUCCUUCAUUAACGCGAGCUACUUGGAAUCAUGGGCUUACGCGGUGGACUUGUUAAGUCCCAUCACAAACAAAUCCAUCGUUUGGUACUUGGUCGGCGUUGUCUUCUACGGGUCCUUCAUCCCAGAGAGGUUCAGAACGGACGUGGUCGUCGACGACAGAAUUCCAACAACUUUCCAACUGGGGACCGACCUCGACAUCAUCACCAAGGAUAAAGAGAUCCACUUCAGACACAAACCUACGUGCUGCCACCACCCAAGAAAGGGCAUUUUCUCCUGUUGGUGGGUCGAUUAUGUCGGGUGCUCCCACACUUUCUGGCACAUAUUCGUCGUCCUAGGGGUCGUCGGCCAUUAUAAAGCAAUCAUAGACAUGUUCACCACAAAAUGGUUGGUCAAUUAA